AUGAGGGCUCUGACGAGGUCUCUUACCGGACUCUAUGGCCAUUCUAUGAGAGCGGUGGUAACAGCACGGGCUGGGUGGCGGUGUGGACUUAACACUAGUAGGCGCUGGCAAUACGACACAACGCCGACGGGAAGCGAGCUCACGGCCCCGGCGUCGCCCUCCAACCCUGUUGGGGUGGUGGCCUCGUCUAACGCGACCGUCAGCCACGCAGGGGGCUCUACGGUGGCGCCCUUAAACCACGACGCGGCGAGGCUGUUUGGGGCGGAGUUGGCGCUGCCCAGCACCCCUCAAGGCUCCCAACUCUCCGCUCGCGGCAUCGCCGUCGAGGCGCUGCAGAUGAAGAAACUUCACCAGGAGCGAGGGGGGAGCCCAAUGCUGGCGCAACAGGCCCGUCGUGUUCUCUUCGCGACCUCGAUCACAGGGCAACACAUCGACGCCCGCUCCGUCGCCCUUCUCCUGAACACGGCGGUGUAUUUUGGGAUGGAAAGUGACGCCCGGCUGGUGCGCGAGUGUGUGGAUUAUUGUCUGAAAAACGACAAGUUUAUCACCCUGGAUGUGUUGCCCAUCGUCGUGACCGCCUGCGCGACCCUCAAGUCGCGCGACGCGAGAGAGGUGAUUGAGCUGCAGGCCGUCAAGGCCACCCGAAAUGCGAAGUAUCUCGACGCCAAAGGCGUCACCAACAUCAUCAGCGCCUUCUCAAAGACGAAUAUCCAUCAUGAAAAGCUCUUUAGCUUGCUUUCCUCACGCAUUCAGACUCUCGCGCGGGUCGGAGAGUUUGAGGCGUCUCACCUGGUUAUUCUGGCGAAUGCUUUCUCGAGGUUGCGGCUUCGAGAUAAGAACGUUUACGGCGUCAUCGCUCGCCGCGCCAUAUCACUGCGGGAGCGCGUGACUGUGAAUGAGCUGGUGCCCUUGAUUCUGGCCUUUUCAAAGGCUGGGUUGAAGGACGUAAAGCUGAGCAAGCGUUUUGCUAGCAAAGCGAUGGAGUAUGUAGACCAAAUGAACGCGGAGCAAGUGUCGUUGAUGUUUCAAGCCUUCGCACAUUUUGGCAUUCGAUAUGACCAAUUAUUUGGUGUUCUCACAAAUCGGGCUGUUGAACUGAUUGACGAGUUUAACGCACAGUAUAUAAGCACCACACUCGCGGCAUUCCAACGGAUUGGGAUUAACAAUCCAGAGUUAUUCGACAACCUGGCUGAGCGUUCCUUAGCUGUCGUCCAGGAUCAUGACGCGAAGGAUGUCUCCAAGACUGUUACGGCGCUCGCACACUUCGGGCUCAAGGAUGAGGAGCUGUUUAAACGUCUCGCCUCCCACGCUGCCUCCAUCGCGGACCAAUUCGAUCCACGAGACCUUGUCAGCACCAUUCACGCCUUUGCGCGGACAAAUUUUUUCCAGGAAGAUAUAGCGAUCGCGCUAUCAGAGCGCAGUCCCUACGUAUGCCGUUUUCUUGAUGCAGGGGAGGCGCGACGGCUGUUGUGGUCCUUAGCAAAGUUUCAUAUUCGUGAGCCUCAGAUUCUAACCGCGGUGUUUAACCGCUGUUUGGCACUGCAUCAGGAUUUCUUUUCGGACCCCACCGGUAGCGAGGAAGUAGAAGAAAUAUUCGAUGUGUACGGACCCAAUAUGUGCCCCCCAUUGUACCAGCUUUACAUCUCUCGUGGCACUCAAGGAUAA